UGAAAACUGAUUCUGGUUGGCAGCUUCGUGUUCUACAGCUAUAGCCGACUCUCUCCGCCCUCAAACACACACAGACGCAUAAACUACACAGGACCGAUGAGUGACAGACAGCUUCACAGUAGCGCUGUUCGCUGUGUAGGAGAGGAGGGGUGACGGCGAGCUGUCUACUGUAUGUUACUGUAAAAAGAUUACUGAACUCUUAAAGCUUCUUUUAAAACGUAGUAGUUGCGCUAUUUCUUGCACAGUGCACCGCGUGUGCCCAUGUGUGCGCGGCCGUGGACUACGCGCUCACCCAUUCAGCUCGACCAAUGCCAAGAAAAGGCAGCAUUCAAUGACAUUAUUUUGGGAAAGAAACUGAUUGUUGCAACCCCUCACGACCUUUACGCACAUGAAUUUUGCAGAGGAACAGAAGACGGAGGUUACAUUUGUUGUUUUUCGCUAAUAAUAAGGCUUAAAACUUUUCCGCGGUGUUGCGAAAGACACCCAACCGAACCAUGGAGAACCAGACCGAACCACAGAGCAGCACCGAGGACGUCCGUAAGAGCGGCUAUCUCCGCAAGCAGAAAUCCAUGCACCGGCGGUACUUCGUGUUACGGACGGCCUCUGAGCGCGGCCCGGCCCGUCUCGAAUACUACGAGAAUGAGAAGAAAUUUAAGGGUAAAGCUCCCUUGCCCAAAAAGGUUCUGGCACUGGAGACGUGCUUCAACAUAAACAAACGAGUCGACUCCAAGAAUAAACACAUGAUCGCGCUUUACACACGGGCUGAGAGUUUUGUUGUGGCGGCGGAUAAUGAGACAGACCAGGAGGAAUGGUUUCAAGCGAUGGUGGAACUUCAAUGCAAGACUAAAGCACUAUGUGACAGUGGAAAUGGUGAAGACUAUGGUGUGCCAUCCCCUGGUCCUGCCUUCAAGGAGGUCUGGCAAGUAAAGGUUUGGCCUAAAGGUCUGGGGCAAGCCAAGAAUUUGGUUGGUAUCUACCGCCUCUGUCUGACUGAAAAGACAGUGAACUUUGUCAAGCUAAACUCUGAUGCAGCUGCUGUUGUUCUCCAGCUGAUGAAUGUAAGACGUUGUGGUCACUCUGAAAACUUUUUCUUUGUGGAAGUCGGCCGGUCUGCAGUAACUGGCCCUGGAGAGUUUUGGAUGCAAGUGGAAGAUUCUGUGGUAGCACAGAAUAUGCACGAAACACUGUUGGAAGCCAUGAAGGCUCUGAGUGAGGAAUUCCGACAACGGAGUAAGUCCCAGUCAGCUGCUGCAGGAGCGGGGGGAGGUGCCACUGCAUCAAAUCCUAUCAGCGUUCCAUCUCGACGUCAACACCCAAACCCACCACCUAGUCAAGUUGGAUUUACAAGACGUCCACGGACUGAACCACCAGGAAGUACCGGAGGUGGAAAUGGCAAUAGCACCUCUCCUUCUCAACACAGCUUUCCCAGAACUCGAACAUCCAGUGAUGGUGGAAAAAUUGAUGAUGUAGGUGUAUCCUUUUCAAGUCCUACCACCAAUGGAUCAUGCUCAAGUACCCCUAUACUGAGAUCAACAUCUGUUCGAGCUUCAACCCCAGUUAUGACACAGCAUGCUCUAAUGAGAUCCACCUCAACUCCUGUUGCUUCAGCUGCACCAAACCUGUCUUCUAGCUCUGAGCCUACAUCUGAGUUUUGUGGAACUGAAAAUGAGACUGGCAGCAGUGGUGGUAAUGGUAGUGUGUAUAGUGGAAUACCUCUCCGGCAACUCUCUGUCUCAGGCUCUCUCAGCGACUAUGGAUCCUCAGAUGAAUAUGGAUCAAGCCCCGGUGAGCACUCUCUGCUAACACCAACAAUGCAGACAGGUUCUGCGGGUACCUCAGGUGGACAUUCUCUUGGGGAUGAAGCAUCUAACUACAUUCUUAUGGGUCAGAGAGGGGCAUCUAAACCUCAGCUACCACACCAUGCAUUACCACAGACUAGGAGAGUUCUGAGACGCUCUUCUAGUAGGGAAUGUGAAGCGGAGCCAAGGAUAAUGAGCAAGCGGGCCUCCCUCCCCCCCAUGGCCUUAGAGCGACUGGCAACUCUCCGUCAAGCUGGAGAGGAAGUGUUUGAAGAGGAUGACUAUGCAGUUAUGACCCGUACCACCAGCCAAGAGUCGUUUGCUCCAAGGCAGGAUUCUGGAGCAGCAACGGGUGGAACAGGAUACUUAGAGGUAGCUCCAGACAUCAAAUGUGAUGCUGGGACUGAUGGAACUGCUGCCAUUGGUGGAGGGAACGGAGCAAUUGAUAAUGGCUACAUGUCUAUGCUGCCGGGAGUAACAGCUUCCCCAGUAUCCCUUUCACAUUCUCUCUCAGUAGCAGUAUCAGAUCCCGAAUUGAAACCUGCAGAUGACUACAUGGCCAUGACCCCCAAUAACAGCAUUUCACCCCCCCAGCAGAUCCGCCCAACACCUUCUAGCACAGAUGGCUACAUGAUGAUGUCUCCCAAUAGUAGCUGUUCGCCAGAUCAGCGUGGGGUUCCUUCAGCCUGGAUUGACAGUAGCAGUGCAGAUAGCCGCACUGGCAGCGAUUAUAUGAAUAUGUCACCUAUUAGUGCCCGCUCUGCCAAUAGCACACCACCACCACCACCACCACAUGAGUCCUUCACACCAUCAGACCUGCAUCCUCAGCAGCCUUCACCCAAGAUGGUAUACUCAUACUAUUCUCUACCCCGUUCCUACAAACAUAAUACCACAACACACUUUGAGGAAGGGCAAGGGAGAGGGAAGCUUCUGGUUAAUGGAGGUAGAGGGUUUGGUGGAGGUAGAGGAUUUAGUAAUAGCAAGUCCAGGCAUCAGGAACCACCUGUUAGACAACAUCUGUCCCUUUCAUCAUCCUCAUACUCCUCCAGUUCAGCUAGCUGUGAAAGCUUAGGUGAAGGUGAGGACAAAGCUGGCAAGGUGAAAGGAGGAGUAAGUGGUACUGCCAAAGAUACUGAUCAGUGCCACUUGCAGCAAAGACAAGGGUCUGGGGGUGUUAAGCAUUCUGGUCAGAGGGGUCGGCCACUUAGCUUGUUUGUGGAUAUCUCUAAAGCCAACACUCUUCCCAGAGUUCGUGAGACACCCCUUCCCUCCGAGCCAAAGAGCCCUGGGGAAUAUGUUAGCAUUGAGUUCAAGGGUGAGAGGAACAUAAAGACAGGAAGAAAUGGAAAUGGAGGACUUAAGCUCGAUACUUCUGUUCUACCUAGUGGCCAAUGUCCAUUACUUAGGCCAACCUCUUGUGUUGCUGGGUUCUUGCCCUUCUCUCAUAGCUCCUCCAUCCUCCCAGCAACUGCCUCGGAGUAUGUCAACAUGGAGUUACGAGCCUCCCCUUCCCCCUCACCCAUCUCUCUCACAGCACUUGUGUUUCCAUCAUUCCCUACCCCUCCUAUCACACCUGUAGCAGCCCCUAAAGCCUGUGAUGAGCAUAGAUCAACAGCUCUAAAUGGUGAGGAAGCAGAGGUUGAAGUGGGACAUAUAAAAAGCAGGAAGUCAUCAGCUCAACAGUCUGGAGAUUCACCUGGAGCUUGUGUUGACUACACAAAUAUGGCCUUUAGCCAGAGGUCAGACAAAACUUUAAGUUCUAAAUCUUCAAAAGCCUCUUUGCCAGAUCAACCUGAAUCAGUAGUUCCUACCCUAGGAUUAGGAAUGGGGCUAGAUUUUCCCCUCGCCAAAGUUCCAAACCCAGACCACGGAGCUAAAGUAAUACGAGCAGAUCCUCAAGGUCGUCGGCGACACUGCUCUGAAACGUUCCAAGCUCCUUCCUCACUUCCGCCUUGCUCUACGACGUUAUCUUCCUCUGCAUUCCCUGAUCACACCCAAGCUAUAGUCCGUCGGCUUGGUUUUGAUGGUAUGCUCUGGGGGAAUAGCUCAGCAGAUCUUUCAACUCACUACAUCAACCCUGGACUACCUAGCAUAUCUGCUUCACAGACAUCCUUCAUGGAGCAGGGCCUCAAUUACAUAGACUUGGACCUGGCUAACAAGGAAAGCCCCCACACUAACACAGAUGGUCAAUCAGCUGUCAACACCCCUGCUGCUCGUCUCUUUUCCUCUGUACUAGGUGGUGGGGCUGCGGGGGGCUCUGUGGGAACUGGAGGUUCAGGCAGUAGCACUUCAAGCCUCAACACAUAUGCUAGCAUUGACUUCUACAAGUCAGAAGAGCUACGGACACAUCAAGGCAGCAGCAGUAGCAGUAAAGAUGGUACAGAAUGUUGAUGCCUAUUCAUGGUACUGUGGAUUUCUGGAAUAAGAAAUGCUGAAGCUCUCCUGAAUGCCUGAGAAGAACAAGAGAGAGAGAGGAAGGUGUGUGCACAAAGCCCAACCAACCUCACAAGCACUUUUUAAAGACACUUCUGAAAUGUUUUGUUUUUCCAACCAAUGGGAACGUGCCAAAAGAGAAAAGCAACUACACGUCUUUUCUGUCCAGACUCUUGACAGAAUAGCACAACUGCCCAGAAUCGGAGAAAAGAAUGAAGUCUGCCAACCCAGAGCAACAGGGAUUGAAUGAUUGAAUGAACCCAAAAGUGUUCAAUAUGUAUCUACACCAAGUGCCUUUUAAUCGCCGAUUUUUGAACAGACAUUGACUGAAAAACUCAUGUGCUUGAAGGGAGAGCUUGCUAUUAUAUUUUUAUGUAAAAACUAAAUAGGAAAAAGUCUUUACGAGUGUGAUGGUAAGAUAACAAGAUCGUGAUUGUGUUUCUGUAAAUGAUGAUGAAAAUGAAGUUAUUCUGAAACUCACAUGAUGUUUAGCUAACUUAGCAUCUCGGUGAUGACUUGUAGAUCAGUUUAGCCCACUCUUACCCCAGGGUUGAUACGUUCCAGCUAUGCUCUUGCACUUAAGUGCCCAUCUCAUUCUUUAUGUGUCCCUAUUCAUCUUCAGCUCCCUUCACAGUACCGCCCUGAAAAGACCCAGUACCAGACAUUUGGCAAAGUGACAUUAAGGGUCUAUUUUUAUUCUAAGGGUGGGGCAGUUCUUUGAUGGUGUCUGCGGUAAUUUACCUCGACUGGCACGCGAGGAUGGUAGCUGACCCAAUCUGCACUGGACUCUACCAAUAAUAGUCUGGAAAGGGGGUAUUCAAAGUUGACAAUCAUCCCCACACACUGUAUCACAGUGACAACCAUUGCUGGCCAUCAGUGGUAAAAUAAACAAAAAUGUGUGUUAAGA